CUUUGAGAGCACUUAACACUCUGAGAAGUUAUUACAGAUAUUUCCAGGUCAACAUGCGAGGUGCCCGAGAAUUCGCUCUCGUUCUUCUAUUCGCUUUUGUUUUCAGCGAGCCUGAUUCAUUUGAAGGGCAUAAGCUGUACCGCACUUUUCCCAAGAAUAAAGAUGACGUAAAGUUCUUGGAUAACCUUCUCAAAUCAGGAGAGGAUGGCAUUGAUUUUUGGACAUAUCCUUCUGAUUCUCUGGACCCUGUUGAAAUUCACGUCGAGCCUAUUGCAAUCCAAAAACUUGAAGGCCUUUUAAAUGGUGCUGGUAUUUCCUUCCAAGUUUCACAAGAGGAUGUGCAACAUGCCAUAAAAAAAGAACAGGCAACCUCAAGGGCUUCAGGAUUUGACAGCAAAUAUCACAAGCUGAGAGAGAUUCACUCUGAGAUACGAGCACUGGCCUCGAGACAUUCUGAUGUGGCAGGAACUUUUAGCUUGGGAAAUUCCUAUGAGGGCAGAGAGCAACUUGCUAUCAAGAUUCUAAAAGGCUCUGCGGCUAGCAAAAAAGGUCUGUUCUUCUUCAACUGUGGAAUUCACGCAAGGGAAUGGAUAAGUCCAGCUACUUGCAUGUACAUGAUACGACAGAUGUUGGAAACUCGAAACUCCAAUGCCGAUGUUCGGUUUAUGCUCGACAAUUACGAGUGGGUAAUUCUGCCAGUACUGAAUGUAGAUGGAUAUGAGUAUACACACACUGGGAAUCGCAUGUGGAGAAAAACGAGACGCCCAAAUAAGGAUGGGAGUUACGGAGCUGAUCCAAACAGAAAUUUCAAUUAUCAUUUCGCAGGAGUUGGAACUUCACAAAGACCAAACAGUGACAUAUAUACUGGAGAGCGACCAUUUUCCGAGACAGUGACCUACAAUGUUGGGAAAUAUCUAUAUGAGCGUAGAUACGAGCUGAAGGGAUACAUUGAUUUCCAUGCAUACAGUCAAUUGUGGAUGAGUCCGUGGGGAUACACCAAAGCGUACCCCCCAGAGUACGCGAGGAUGAAAAAAGCCAUGCAAGCUGCUGUCAAGGCACUCACAAAUGUGUAUGGAACCAGCUACAAAUAUGGACCGGCUGCCAUAACCAUUUAUCCCACCACUGGUGACACAACUGACUGGACAUUUGGUGUCUUAGGAGUGGUACAUUCCUACUGUGUAGAACUCCGCCCAAAAACUUACGGUCAAGGGGGAUUUAUACUUCCCCCGGAUAAGAUUAUCCCCGUGGGGCAGGAAACAUUUGCAGGUUUAAAGGCCCUGACGAGAAAUAUGUAAACAAGAACAAGUGUUAAAUGAGGGAAUUUUUCCUGCUGUGAGUUUCGUCUUUAAAUUUCCUAAAAAGUUUAAUGGUGAAUAAACUACAGAUCAAGAGAAAAGUUUAAA